AGGGACGUCCCUGCACUCUGGCAGAAGUAGGUACAAGCUUGCCCGAACAUGUCUGUUGUGCAGCCUGCACAGCCGAGGUAGGACAAACACACACAGACAGACCUGAGACCUAAGACCCAGAGCAGAGCAGGCCACAUCGGUGCACGCCCUAAGACCAACAUGUUGAUGAAGGAAUACAGAAUAUGUAUGCCACUGACGGUGGAUGAGUAUAAGAUCGGGCAACUGUACAUGAUCAGCAAGCACAGCUGCGAGCAGAGCGGUGGAGGAGAGGGGGUGGAGGUGGUGAAGAACGAGCCAGACACCCACCCGCAGCACGGCCUGGGACAACUGACGGAGAAGCGGAUCUACCUCAGCAGUAAACUGCCGUCCUGGGCCAAAGCGUUCGUCCCCAAAUGGUUUUAUGUGACAGAGAAGGCCUGGAACUUCUACCCCUACACCAUUACAGAGUACUCAGUAUCGCUCCUCCCAAAGUUCAGCAUCCGCAUUGAGACGAGGUUUGAGAACAGCCACGGCGACAACAACAAUGUGUUUGGGGACAAGCCCACUCCAGCAGAGAACGUGAGUUUCCUAGAUAUCCUGACUGACCCCAUCCCUGAAAAGCACUACAAGAAGUCAGAGGAUCUGAGUCUGUGGCGGUCCAACAAAACCAGCCGCGGGCCCCUGGAGGCGGGCUGGAGAGACGACACCGAGCCCAUCAUGUGCUCCUACAAGAGGGUCCAGUGCAGCUUCGAGGUCUACGGGUUUCAGUCCAAGACGGAGGAGUUCAUACACAGGAACAUCCGGGACAUUCUACUGGUCGGCCACAGGCAAGCAGUGGCGUGGAUAGAUGAGUGGCAUGGGAUGAGUCUGGAGGAGGUGAGGCAGUACGAGAGGGAACAGCAGCAGAAGACCAACAGCAAACUGAAAUCCAGCCAGAGCAACUCAGAUCCAUCUGCUGCCUCCCGUCCGGUGUUCUCUCGCUCCAUCUCGGUGACAGACGAGAACUCUCUGAAGAAGAUGGGAGUGAAGACUGUCACCAUGGAUGACCCCUCAACCUCCGCCGAGUCACAGAGCCCUUUACGUCUCCACUCCACCCCCGAGUGACGCCAUACACAUAAACACACCGCUACGCAUGUGCACAAAUACACACGCUCGCACAAACUGGAAGACAGACCAGUCACACCUUCCCCCUCCGUCCAUGUCAGACACACCCAAACCUGCAACGACACACACUGACUCGUAUGCCAAGGCACAGCUUCCAUCUGACCAGCUCUGAAAGUUCUCUCCAUCCCAGUCCAUGUGAGCUGGUUUCUAGUACUGCAGCAUGCAGCUACACCCCCCCCCCCACACACACACACACAUAAUGCAUAGAUGGGGCAUUUACCUAAGCAAAGAUGUCCUCCACCGCAACCUUCAAGUCACCUCGCAGCGUCUUCAAAGGCCUCACUGUGAGCAUCACUAAAUGCAGGACAUGACCCCGGCUUCUCCCUGGUCCCCGUGCAGAGAGGGGCUCACCUAUCAAGAGGGUUCUCCGGCGUUUCCCAGCCGAGCCAGCGGACAGACAGGUGCCUAAGGACCUUAAUAGAGAGGAUCUAAUUAGAGAAGGGGGGGGGUUGUCAAUGCUAUGGAUCUGCGCCCCUCUUCAGCCGAGCCAAUAGGUCAGACCGGGCUCACUGAGCGAGGUUACUGAGGCGCUGCAUUGGUUCCUUCAUUACGCCGCUCCACGUGGGUCAAGCCGGGGCCAGCCUUCAAUGACGAGUCAAUAAUGCUGCCAUUUAAAACACUAUUACCUUUUUUCUGAUGUACGCUGGAGAGUCUAUCAUCAGAGGUCGGCCGUGUAAAGUCACAUGAUGCAAAUAACUGAUCGGACACGACCAGGGGGCCGCCACGUGCCGCCUCACAUGUACCGGGACUUCAUUUGUAUGAGCCAAUCGCAAAUCAAAAGUUUAUAUGAAAAAAAUAAACUGCAUAGUAAUUUAUCAUGGACUCCAAUGCUGCAUCCCCUUUAAUCAAUAAAUAUUUUC